AUGUCGGCAAUGGCUGGAGCCCCGGUGCUGCUGAAGCAAGGAUACAUGCAGACGAAGAAGAUGCUGGGAUGGAACACAAGGUACUACAGGUUGCUCCAGGACUGCUUGUUCGAGUUCCCAUCUCAUGACUCCAAGACCCCGACCGACGAGUUUUCACUCUGUGAUGGAACUAUCGAAGAUGCGUCCUGGGAGCUGAAGCUGGCAAACGCUCUGCGGGUCACCACAGAGUCCGGGAAAGUGUUCGUGUUUGUGUGCACAGAUAGCAAGGAGCACCGCCAGUGGUUUGACGCCAUCUACUACUCCACAACUCUUACGAGACUUGCGGAGUACGCUUCUCCUCUCACUGGGAGUUGGCUGUUUUACAUGGACAAGGGGAAGUUCCAGAAGCACUGGUUUGUGAUCAAGGAUAGUUUCCUGUUGUGCUACGAGAAGAGAGAAGACAUGACUAUGGUCAAUGAUGGGAAAUUGACCAAAAGAAAGUUUGUAUUGCCGUUGAAUGGAGCUGUGCUUGCGUAUUACAAAUCACACAUGCCAUACUCGUUCUGUAUCCAGAUGUGGGUCCACGGAGAACUUAGGAGUGAGUUUGUGCUCGCUGCACAGAGCGAAGCGGUUAUGCACGUCUGGAUGGAGGUCCUGUACACCUCCAUGGGGAACAAGAUCGAAUAUGCCGAUGAGAGGGACGGCUCGAACUUACCUGCUGUGAGCGUGCUUGCCCUGACCCUCCUUGCUGUGACCUUGGCCAAGGUACCAUGCCGAUCACACCCUGACAUGAUUCGAGGCAAGCCGCUGCCGUCGAAACCAAAAGCAGAGACAAAAGGUUCGGACCCUUCAAUUUGCCUCAACACGCUUCUCAGAAGAGCAACAGAUGAGGACGUCCUCAAUGCGGAGUGGACGGAAGAGAAGGUUCGACAGCAGAAAGAUGGAAGGAAUAUUCCCAAGGCUGAUGAGAACAGCGCUCCUACCAAUGGAGCAAAUACGAAGCAUGACUUUCCUAUGCCGAAAACCGAAGAGACACCAGACGUGCCGGCUAACGACGAGGGGUCGUUUCCGGAGACUCAACCGUCCAUGCCUUUCUUCGGAGGCAAUUCUUCGGACUGGAACCCUUUUGGUUCUCAACCAUUGAGAGAAAGCGGAGGGACGCCAGGCAACGACAGUUGGAACCCGCUGCAAUCCCUAUGGAGCCAGUUCGGUGGAAACUGGAGUAAUUUGAAUGCAGGAGUAACGGGGCUAAGGGACAGUGCAGGUGUGUGA